GUACCAUCACUGGACUCGCUAAAAAUCUUAAGGGACGGAUACCAGAGCUCAAGGAGCAAAAAGUUGAGGAUAUUGGCAAUAAUUUCACACCUUCUAUUUUGGAUGUUUCUCUUAUUGAUGCAUGGAUAAAAGUCAGCGAUAAGGAAUCAUUCGCUACAGCAAGAAAAUUGAUUAGUGAGGGAUUUAUGGCUGGGCCAUCAUCAGGAUCAGUUGUUAGUGCAGCUUUAUCUUACGUACAGAAGAAUAUACCUCCAACCACCAAAGCACGCAUACUUUGUAUUUUAAAUGAUACCGCAAAAAAUUAUUCUAGUACUUUGUUGUCAGAAGAUUGGUUAUUGGAAAAUGAUCUGAUGGAUGAGCAAACUAUUCAGAAACUUGAGUAUCAAAGAAUUGAAAAAUAUAGAGCGGCAAGUGUAGAAGAUCUCCAAUUACCAGCGGCAGUUACUGUGUUGCCUAAUGUAACAAUAGCCCAUGCGUUUGAUCUAAUGGUUGAAAGAGAAUUUUCACAGUUACCAGUGACCGAUUCGCAUCGUAAACUUCUUGGAUAUGUGUCAUUAACAUCUCUUCAAGAUAAAUUAGAUUCAGGUGAUGCGACCUUAACGGACGAAGUUUCUAAAUGGAUGUUUACUUUCGGAAGUAGAAAUUCACAGAAUCAAAUACGUCGUCAAAUAUAUCAAAUAAUUACACCUGAUACGCCAUUAUCUGAACUGGCAAAGUUUUUUGAGAAACAUAGUUUUGCCAUUGUUACAGAUAGUGAAAGGAAAUGGGCUUUAGCUGUUACAACAAAGAUGGACUUGAUUCGUUUUUUACGUUAUAG